UAUAACAGCACCCGUCCUCGAAGCCAACCCCAAACCCUAACCCUAAUCCUAGCUGCGGCGGCGGAGGAGAUGGUUUCGGGAUCGGGGAUCUGCGCCAGGAGGGUGGUGGUGGACGCGCGACACCACAUGCUCGGCCGGUUGGCCUCCAUUCUGGCGAAGGAGCUUCUCAAUGGCCAGCGCGUCGUGGUGGUGAGGUGCGAGGAAAUCUGCCUAUCCGGCGGCCUCGUCCGCCAGAAGAUGAAGUACCUCCGCUUCCUCCGCAAGCGCAUGAACACCAAGCCCUCCCACGGCCCCAUCCACUUCCGCAACCCAGCCAAGAUCCUCUGGCGCACCAUCCGUGGGAUGAUACCCCACAAGACCAAGCGCGGAGCUGCGGCGCUGGCGAGGCUCAAGGCCUACGAGGGCGUUCCGCCCCCCUACGAUAAGACGAAGAGAAUGGUCAUCCCCGAUGCUCUCAAGGUGUUGAGGCUUCAGGCAGGGCACAAGUAUUGCCUGCUGGGCCGUCUUUCUAAAGAGGUCGGAUGGAGUCAUUACGAUACCAUCAAGGAAUUGGAGGAGAAGAGGAAGCAGAGGUCUCAGGUCGCAUAUGAGAGGAGGAAGCAGCUGGCUAGGCUGCGCCAGAAGGCAGAGAAGACAACUGAAGAGAAGCUCGGCUCUCAACUUGACAUUCUGGGCCCGUUGAAGUACUGAUGAUAGCCUUCUUUCAAUAGAGUGUGGACAGUUUUGCAGAAUAUCUCCUUUGGCAUAUCCGACUUUCUUUUGAAAUCUUCUUAUAUUUGAAAUCUGUAGUUUUGUGGCAUCUGUAGCUUUGUGUUAAUCUGGUUACAUCUAUUUGGACUAAAAUGGUUGUGUGGUGAACCAAGUUGCUUUGAUCUAAUGAAUGCAAUUUUUUUUUAUCAA